UUGGGCUUGGAGCUAGUUUGCAGCAACAUGGCUGAAUACACCAACAAGGUCAGACUAAGCAGUGAAUAUGGGAAAUGUUAUGGCGCCUCUCUCAGGAAAACGAUGAAGAAAACUGAAAUCAGCCAGCAUGCCAAGUACACUUGCUCCUUCUGUGACAAAAUCAAAAUGAAGAGAUGAGCUGGGGGGAUCUGACACUGUAGUUCCCGCUUGAAAACAGGAUCCGGUGGUGCCUGGCCCUGCAACACCACCUUUGCCAUCAUGGUAAAGUCUGCGAUCAUAAGACUGAGGGAACUGAAGGAGCAGUGGAAGCCCCACCAUUUGAAACAUCUCUAACCUACAGCAAACGGGUUAAUUUAUGUAACAACAGGAAUAAAAAAAAAAUAGUACGUGUUGAUGGAAAGAAAUGUAAACAUGACAGAGGUAUAUAAAGGGGAAAAAAAUUUCCCUCCUCAAUCCCCAUGUCUCUUCCCAUGCCUGUUUUUAAAGAGUUAUUACUAUUAACAGCUAAUGUGUAUCUCCUCAGUCCGUAUCACUUUACAACCCACUCAUUGCCCUUGAGUCAAUUCCGACUCAUAGCGACCCUACAGGACACAGCAGAACUGCCCCAUAGGGUUUCCUAGGCUGUAAUCUUUACAGAAGCAGACGGCCACAGCUUUCUCCCGAGGAGUGGUUGGUGUUUUCUAACCACUGACCUUUCGGUUAGCAGCUGAGUGCUAAACCACCGCACCAUCGGGGCU